AUGUCGAACUGGAAGGUAAUACAUAUUUUGAUGUUUUUACCUUUGCUUGUGCUUCUGGUUUUUGAUUCGACACUUCUUGAAUUGUGUAGAGACUCCCAUGGACCUGCCUUUGUGGUAGAAUCUUCUUUCCUAGAUAAGGGAAAGUCUCCACAGGUGGUAGAGCCAACUGGUGACAUGCCUGAAUCUCCCAGGAUUGCUGAUGAGGGUACUGAUGACAUUGUGCGUUCCAUCCAAAACUUGUUCACUUCUUGGGGACAAGUAAAGACACCUCGCCCUACUUCAACCAGUCAUUCUUCUGCUUCAUCUUCCACUUUUUCAGAAGAAAAUAUGAAAUCUCUCAAGCAGUCGGUAUUUGAGUAUAUGUCUUUCAUGUACAUGGAAAUCGGCCAGGCCAGUGCUACUAAACAGAAUGAUAAAUGUGAGCUAUUGAGUGCGAAAUUGGCACAAGCACUUACACUUUCGAUAGAGUCUUUGCUUUUAGAGAUUAACAAAGAUGAGGACGAAUUGAAUGAAAUCUCUUCUGAAGUUAUGAUUGAAGACUCUUUGAUGAUAAGCUCGGCUGCAGAGAUGAAGGAGUUUCGAGCAAAGAUGAACUACUGUAGGGCGAUGAUGGCUACUAAAAAAUGCAAUGCUUCUCAAGGGAUUGAAUGA